UGACCUCGACUGACAGAGAAACACACUCACAUCUUCUUUGACUGCAGCGACUGGACUGGACCCUGAUGAGGUGUGUGUGAACAGACGGACUUCCUUCCCUCAGGCGCAGAACGUACGUGCUACUUGGCCGUCGGAUGUAGUCCGUGUAGUGUGUUCAAAUGCAACUGACACAGGGCGACGUGAGGCGACGUAGACGACGCAACAGUUGGCUUUCAUCGCUGCUAGUUCUUUGAUGUCAGUUUGGUGUGUCCGCACCUUAAGGUAGCACAGAUGGAGAUGGAUAAACAGGUCCUCUUAAACAUUUUGAAUCAUUUAAAUGCAAAAGACUUUGAAACCUUCAAGUGGUACCUGCAGGGGGCUCUGAAAGAUGUCCCAGCAAUCCCAACCUUUCAACUGGAGCAUGCCAAGAGGACAGAUACAGUGGAUCUGAUGGUGCACACCUACACAAAGGACACAACUCAAGUGGCCAGAAGGGUUUUGCAGAGGUUGCAAAGGAAUGAUCUGGUGGGGAAUUUGUUGCACACUACUUCAGGAUCUACAGAGAUUAUUGGCAACUGUCAGCAAAAAGUCAAAUCCAACCUGAAGAAGAAGUUUCAGUGUUUAUUCGAGACAAUCACAAAAGCAGGAAAUGCCAAACUUUUAAAUGAGAUCUACACCGAGCUCUACAUCACAGAGGGAGGGACUGCAGGGGUCAAUGAUGAACAUGAGGUCAGACAGAUUGAAACAGCAUCCAGGAAACCAGCAACACCAGAAGCAACCAUCAGACAAGAAGACAUCUUUAAAGCCUCACCUGGAAGAGUUGAACCAAUCAGAACAGUGAUGACAAAGGGAGUGGCUGGCAUUGGGAAAACAGUCUUAACACAGAAGUUCACUCUGGACUGGGCUGAAGACAAAGCCAACCAGGACAUACAGUUCACAUUUCCAUUCACUUUCAGAGAGCUGAAUGUGCUGAAAGAGAAAAAGUACAGCUUGGUGGAACUUGUUCAUCACUUCUUUACUGAAACCAAAGAAGCAGGAAUCUGCAGGUUUGAAGAGUUCCAGGUUGUGUUCAUCUUUGACGGUCUGGAUGAGUGUCGACUUCCUCUGGACUUCCGCAACAAUGAGAUCCUGACUGAUGUUACAGAGUCCACCUCAGUGGAUGUGCUGCUGACAAACCUCAUCAGGGGGAAACUGCUUCCCUCUGCUCGCCUCUGGAUAACCACACGACCUGCAGCAGCCAAUCAGAUCCCUCCUGACUGUGUUGACAUGGUGACAGAGAUCAGAGGGUUCACUGACCCACAGAAGGAGGAGUACUUCAGGAAGAGAUUCAGAAAGAAGCAGGCCAGCAGAAUCAUCUCCCACAUCAAGACAUCACGAAGCCUCCACAUCAUGUGCCACAUCCCAGUCUUCUGCUGGAUCACUGCUACAAUUCUGGAGGAUGUGAUGAAGAGCAGAGAGGAAGGAGAGCUGCCCAAGACCCUGACUGAGAUGUACAUCCACUUCCUGGUGGUUCAGACCAAACUGAAGAACGUCAAGUAUCAUGGAAGGUCUGAGACAGAUCAUCACUGGAGUCCAGAGAGCAGGAAGAUGAUUGAGUCUCUGGGAAAACUGGCUUUUGAUCAGCUGCAGAAAGGCAACCUGAUCUUCUAUGAAUCAGACCUGACAGAGUGUGACAUCGAUAUCAGAGCAGCCUCAGUGUACUCAGGAGUGUUCACACAGAUCUUUAAAGAGGAGAGAGGACUGUACCAGGACAAGGUGUUCUGCUUCGUCCAUCUGAGUGUUCAGGAGUUUCUGGCUGCUCUUCAUGUCCAUCUGACCUUCAUCAACUCUGGAGCCAAUCUGAUGGCAGAAGAACAAUCAUGGAUGACUGGAGUUUGGACCUCUCUGUGGUCUAAAGUAGUUGGAGAAGGCUCUAAACCUAAACAAAUACACCUCUACCAGAGUGCUGUGGACAAGGCCUUACAGAGUCCAAAUGGACACCUGGACUUGUUCCUCCGCUUCCUCCUGGGUCUGUCACUGCAGACCAAUCAGACUCUCCUACGAGGCCUGCUGACACAGACAGGAAGUAGCUCAGAAACUAAUCACAAAACAGUUGAGCACAUCAAGGAGAAGAUCAGUGAAAAUUUGUCUCCAGAGAGAAGCAUCAACCUGUUCCACUGUCUGAAUGAAGUGAAUGAUCGUUCUCUAGUGAAGGAGAUCCAACAGUACCUGAGUUCAGGACGUCUCUCCACAGAUAAACUGUCUCCUGCUCAGUGGUCAGCUCUGGGCUUCAUCUUACUGUCAUCAGAAGAAGAUCUGGACGUGUUUGACCUGAAGAAAUACUCUGCUUCAGAGGAGGCUCUUCUGAGGCUGCUGCCAGUGGUCAAAGCCUCCAACAAAGCUCUGCUGAGUGGCUGUAACCUUUCUGGGAGAAGCUGUGAAGCUCUGUCCUCAGUUCUCAGCUCCCAGUCCUCUCGUCUGAGAGAGCUGGACCUGAGUAACAACGACCUGUGGGAUUCAGGAGUGAAGAUGCUAUCUGCUGGAUUGGCAAGUCCAUAUUGUACACUGGAAACUCUCAGGCUGUCCGGCUGUCUGAUCACAGAGAAAGGCUGUGUUGCUCUGGCCUCGGCUCUGAGCUCCAACCCCUCCCAUCUGAGGGAGCUGGACCUGAGCUACAAUCAUCCAGGAGACUCAGUGACUUGGAUGCCAACACUGGAAAAGCUGCAUAUCUGUACAGACCAUGGUGGAGAGCAGAAACUGAAACCUGGCAUGAGGAAAUAUGCCUGUGAACUCACACUGGUCCCAAACACGGCACACAGAAACCUCAAACUGUCCGACACCAAGAAGAAGGUGACGAGGGUGAGGAAGGAGCAGAAAUAUGCUGAUCAUCAGGAGAGAUUUGACCACUGGCCUCAGCUGCUGUGUAGAAAUGGUCUGACUGGUCGCUGUUACUGGGAGGUGGAGUGGGAGGGAGCAGUUCAUAUCGCAGUGACUUACAGAGGGAUCAGAAGGAGAGGAGAUGGAUAUGACAGCAGGUUUGGAGGCAAUGAUCAGUCCUGGUGUCUCUACUGUUCUGAUGGUCGUUACUCUGUCUGGCACAAAAAUGAAAAAACAGACCUCAGCCCCUCCUCCUCCUCCUCCUCUUCAUCCUCGGUCUCUCACAGAGUAGGAGUGUACAUGGACCGUCCUGCUGGCACUGUGUCCUUUUACAGCAUCUCCCCUGACAAACAGAUCCACCUCCACACCCUCAACACCACGUUCACUGAACGUCCUGUUGCUGGAUUUGGAGUCUUGAAUCUUGGUUCAUCUGUGUCUCUGUUGUCUGUUUGAGGGAGAGUGUCCUCCUGUGGAGAGAAACAGGAAGGACUUCUGGUUAAUGUUUCCUAUAUACAUCAUACCAGCAAGGCCAUUUUGUUUUCAACAUUUGUAGGAACACAUGGGACAUAGUGACAUGAUGACAUGGUGACAUGAUGACAUGGUGACAUAGUGACAUAGUGACAUGGUGACAUGGUGACAUGAUGACAUAGUGACAUGGUGACAUAGUGACAUGGUGACAUGAUGACAUGGUGACAUGAUGACAUGGUGACAUGGUGACAUGAUGACAUAGUGACAUGGUGACAUGAUGACAUGGUGACAUGAUGACAUGGUGACAUAGUGACAUGAUGACAUAGUGACAUGGUGACAUGAUGACAUGGUGACAUGAUGACAUGGUGACAUGGUGACAUGAUGACAUAGUGACAUGGUGACAUAGUGACAUAGUGACAUGGUGACAUGAUGACAUGGUGACAUGAUGACAUAGUGACAUGGUGACAUGGUGACAUGAUGACAUAGUGACAUGGUGACAUGAUGACAUGGUGACAUGAUGACAUAGUGACAUGGUGACAUAGUGACAUAGUGACAUGAUGACAUAGUGACAUGAUGACAUGAUGACAUGGUGACAUGAUGACAUAGUGACAUGAUGACAUUUUUGACACACGUCCUUUUAACUUCUGUUUUACUAUUCUGUUCCAGUUUUCCCUGAAAUGUAGUUUCCAGUAUCAGUUCCUGCUGAAAUGUGUCUUUUUUAUCUUUUUUUGUUUCAAAUAAAAUUCUGAAAAAACAAAACAAAAAACAUUGUCAAACCCAAAAUGUUGUCCAUCAGAUGUCAUUGUAACAGCAUCAAGCUGCGUCUACCCUGGUGAGUAUGUAUGUCCCACAGCUUCUUCUGAGCAGUUUGAUGUGAGCAUCGUGGUGACCUGACAGUGGCCUAAAGACGUGUGGAGUUUGUUGUUACAGUGUAAAUUGGUAGGUAAAGCCCCAGAGGUUUGUGCAAGCCUGACUGUUGUUCAAAGUUUGCAUUAUGAAGUUGUGACAGUCACUGCUUUGUGGGCGCCUGAGGCAUACCGCCAGAAAUUUUGCACAUGUGAAAAAUCUGUCAGCCAAACUUAUGUAAUUGAUAUAUGGCUCUGAUAACAUUUGAAUCAAUCAGAAUCAGAUCUAACAGGAUGUGAGUGUUUCUGUGAAUAGACUCAGACUACAGGCUGCUGGAAACUUUAUAAUUCUUUACUGACCAAACCAACAUACAAUAACACUAUAUAAAGAAAGGACUGAUCAUGUGGAGGAUACAUGUAAACAAAGAAAAAACAAUCAAGACAAACAAUGAAAAGGUAAUAUCACAUCAAAAUACUGUUUCAUCCAUUCAUGUAGAAUUUGGCUGCAGGAAACUGUCGAAUUUUUGUCUCCGCCUUCUGCCU